AUGGAACUACCUAAAGAAUGUGUGGACCUGAGCUGUAACGAGCUGAGCGAAGUCACUUUACCAGAAAACCUGCCCCCCAAACUGCAAGAGCUAGACCUGACUGGAAACCCCCGCCUUGCCCUCGAUCAUAAAACCCUGGAACUACUAAAUAAUAUCCGCUGUUUCAAGAUUGAUCAGUCUUCGGCAGGAGAUGCAUCUGGAGCCCCCGCUGUAUGGAGUCAUGGGUACACCGAAGCUUCGGGGGUGAAAAACAAAUUAUGUGUUGCAGCCCUGUCGGUGAAUAACUUCUGUGACAACCGGGAAGCCCUGUAUGGUGUGUUUGAUGGAGACCGGAACGUGGAGAUACCCUACCUUCUUCAGUGCACCAUGAGUGACAUUUUAGUUGAAGAGCUGCAGAAAACAAAAAAUGAAGAAGAAUACAUGGUCAAUACAUUCAUUGUUAUGCAAAGGAAACUUGGAACUGCUGGGCAGAAACUCGGAGGUGCUGCUGUCCUUUGUCAUAUCAAGCAUGACCCUGUGGACCCGGGAGGAUCCUUCACCUUAACCUCUGCUAAUGUGGGCAGGUGCCAGACAGUUCUCUGUCGAAAUGGGAAACCGCUGCCUCUGUCCAGAUCUUAUGUCAUGAGCUGUGAAGAAGAGCUAAAGAGGAUUAAACAGCACAAGGCCAUCAUCACUGAGGAUGGCAAGGUGAACGGAGUGACCGAGUCCACGCGCAUCCUGGGCUACACCUUCCUUCACCCUAGCGUGGUACCUCGCCCUCAUGUGCAGUCUGUGCUCCUGACACCCCAGGACGAGUUCUUCGUCCUGGGCAGUAAGGGGUUGUGGGACAGCCUGUCCAUCGAGGAGGCUGUGGAAGCCGUGCGCAACGUGCCCGAUGCCCUGGCGGCUGCCAAGAAGCUAUGCACCCUGGCCCAGAGCUACGGCUGCCACGACAGCAUCAGUGCUGUGGUGGUGCAGCUCAGUGUCACCGAGGACAGCUUCUGCUGCUGUGAGCUUGGCACUGGCGGGAGUGUGCCGCCGCCCAGCCCAGGCAUGUUCCCUCCCUCGGUCAACAUGGUGAUCAAGGAUCGGCCCUCCGAUGGGCUGGGCGUGCCGUCCUCCAGCAGCGGCAUGGCUUCUGAGAUCAGCAGUGAGCUCUCAACCUCUGAGAUGAGCAGCGAGGUGGGGUCCACCGCCUCUGACGAGCCCCCAUCCGGAGCCUUGAAUGAGAGCAGCCCGGCCUACCCCAGCGAGCAGCGCUGCAUGCUCCACCCGGUCUGUCUCUCCAAUUCCUUCCAGCGCCAGCUGUCCAGCGCCACGUUCUCCAGCGCCUUCUCGGACAACGGCCUGGACAGCGAUGAUGAGGAGCCCAUCGAGGGCGUCUUCACCAACGGCAGCCGGGUGGAAGUGGAAGUGGACAUCCACUGCAGCCGGGCCAAGGAGAAGGAGAAACAGCAGCACCUGCUUCAGGUGCCGGCUGAGGCCAGUGACGAGGGCAUUGUCAUCAGCGCCAACGAGGACGAGCCAGGUCUGCCCAGGAAGGCAGAUUUCUGUGCCGUGGGGACCAUGGGGCGCCGGAGGGCCAACGGCUCUGUCGCACCCCAGGAGAGGAGCCACAACGUGAUAGAGGUGGCCACAGACGUGCCUCUCCGGAAGCCCGGAGGCUAUUUCGCUGCCCCGGCCCAGCCGGAUCCUGAUGACCAGUUUAUCAUACCCCCCGAGCUGGAAGAGGAAGUCAAAGAGAUCAUGAAGCAUCACCAGGAGCAGCAACAACCGCCAGCACCCCCACAGCUGCAGCCGCCGCCGCCACGACACUACCAGCUGGACCAGCUGCCAGACUACUACGACACGCCACUAUGACCCACGCGAGCACUGUGUAACACAAUAAACCAGCCAAGAAAGACCGAGUGGCAAGAGUCUCCCAGGCUCACGUUAAACCAGGGGUUGUGCGCCACGUCCUUGUCCCAGACACUGUCCCCAGCCUGUCUUUGCAGCUAAUCUGUAGGUUCUCUUUCCGUUGGUGGUUUUUUAAAAUAACGACCACUUUUCUUCUAGUGACGCUUUACAGUAUGAUUUAAAUUUGCUAACUUCUUCCCCUAACAUAUCAGAUAUGUAAAAACAAAGAACAAAAGGUUUAAUAUAUUACAGAGAAACAGUUAAUGUUAAUGUAAUAUUUUUUAAAAUGGCUUUUUGUUUCGUUUGAAGACAGGGCAGGUUGCCAUUGCUAAAUGAUUUAAUAAUAUUGUAAUUCUCUAUUUCUUUGGGGGGGAAGCUUUUUUUGUCUUGAAAAUGAUAGACAUUUGUAGAAUAUGGAGACUAACUCCUAGGAGUUGCUUUACUCUGUCAGGUGACUUAAGUCACUGGGAUUCACUAAUUUUCUCUGAGAGAACAGUUGAUUGAGAAAUUUCUAUUGUAAAUAGCUCAGUGUUGUAUAGUGAUGCUUAAGAUGUUUUGUAGUCUUGGCAGAAGGACACAGCCUAAGUAACUGACUUUUCUCUUCCUCCCUGCCCACUUCACAACUCACCUUACUCCACUGAAUGAGGGCCUGAGCAGCUGCAGCGUUUCUGUCCAGAGAAGGUGGAUCAGACCACUGGAUAAGGACCUGCGCCCUAGAGGCCCUGAGCCCGGCUUCUUCCUCUCCUGUCCCAGCCUCUUGACUUUGACAGACACUUUUUAAUUGUGUUCCUUACUGCUGCCACAAUCAGCAUGGUUGUAUAGAGAUCCAUUAGACCAUUUACAUACCCAGAGUUAUAUUAAAGCAGAAUGCACAAAUGGACAUGUCAUAAUUUUUGUUAUAAUAAAUGCGAAAUUUCCAAGUA